AUGGGGAGCUAUAUUAAAACAAAAGCCGAACAAGUACUCUCCAAAAACAGAAGAAAGAAUAUGUAGGAAUGAAGAGAGGAAUGAGUCCUACUGGUGGUGAAAGUUUCAGCUUUGGAACUGAAAACAGAUUGAGAAUCUUUCCACCAAAUACUUAUAAAUUUAAGCCUAAAGACCAUAUUGUCUUAGAUGAAAUACAAGAAUGUGUUUUAGAUAAUUUUUGGUUCCAAUAUAAUAAUAAGAGAGAUGAUAGAGGUUAUAUGCUUGCAAUAUUAAAUAGUUUAGCUGAAUAUUUUCAUAUGAUCAACGGGAAGAUACAGCCAAAAGAUCCAUCUAGCAAUAUAGAAAAGAAACCCAUAUAUGUCAUAUAUAGGGGAAAGACACCAGGAAUAUAUGUAACUUUUGAAGAAGUUAUAGCCCAGCAAAUAGAAAGAGAAAAAGAUGGAGGAAUAUCAUGGAAAAAAUAUCUAGAUAUUGAUCAAGCCCUAUCAUAUGCAAGAAAUAUUUUAGGAAUAAAUUAUUUCCUAGAGCCUGCAGCAAAAGAAUAUAUUCAAAAAUACAGAAAGGCAAAUGAGGUAAAGACAAACUUGCCUGGAAUAAAUAUAAGAGAAGAUGGACCUUCAAGAAUACCCACAUAUAAGGAUGCUGUAAAAAAAGAAGCAUCAAAUGAAGAAUAUGUUGAAAAGAAGAUCAAAGAAAUGCUAGAUUCAAUAAUUCCUCAAUUGAAGAAAGAUAUAAAAGAAGAAAUAUGGCAAGAAGUGAAGCAUGAUAUAAAGGAAAAUUUUGAUGCCAUAAAGAAGGACUAUGAAGAAAAUAUAAAGAAGGAUUAUGAAUCAAAAAUGAAUAUGCCAAUAUCUGAUGAUGAUAUGCUGUAUAUUCGUGGUCAUGGGCAGCAACAAGAGUAUUAAGAAUUAUAUAUUAUGAAAAUUAAAUAUGUGUUAAUAUUUAAGAUACCUGCCAGUGUUGAUAAGGAGUUAUCAACAAUUUCGCCGUGGGAUAAGGAUAAGCAUGCCAGAAGUGUUUGCUUGAUGUCUGCGACAUCAAUCAUUCGGGCGUGGAAGACUAUACACCGAAUAUAUUCUCGAAUAUAUCUAGAGAAUAUCACGUGAAGGAAGUGGACAAGGCAAAAGGAAUAAACAGUAAUAUCAACAGUAAGUUCUACUGUAGCCAGUACAGUUAUUAAAGGCAGCGUUAUCGUCCAGCUGUCCAGGCAACAGUAAAGAAGGAUAAUUGAAGACGCCGAGUGUCGAGUGCUUCCUGAAGCCUGAAGGCUCCUCCCGUCUAUAAAAGGAGAAGCCAGACGCACGCAUUCAUCGCCGGACGAAGAAGAGGAGAGAAGACACCGAGCCUAAUACUCAGAGCGCAUCCGCCACUCCACUCCACCUAAUUAGUAGCCAUCUCACUCCCAUUGUAAUAUAGAAAUAAGGGAGCUGCUGUAAUCGCCCUUCGCCUGUAAGGUAAUCCACGGUUGUGUAAGUGCUUGGGGUUUCCCGAAAGGGAAAGCCGUAUGUAAGUUUGCUUUGUGGAAAUGGAUUAAGCUUUCCUGUGAA